CAAAAGUAUAUAUAUUGCUAAAGAGUUCCAUCUGACAGGACCCAGGAGAUGAGCUUUUUCUGCUGUGGUAUCCACCCUCUGGAACAUUGUUCCCCCCAAGGUGUGGUUAGCUCCAUCCCUAUUAGCCUUCUGGAGAGCCCUUAAAACCUGAGUAUGGAGGGAGGUGAAAUUUCAGAAACAUCUGCAACUGAGACUGAACUACUGAAAGAACUAGAAAAAUGGAAGGAAAAGGUUGAAAAAGCUGAAAAGCAGAAGACUGAAAUCCUUCUUUUAAAACUUGCUGUUGAUGAGAAAAGACGAAUGAGGCAAAAGGAUUUGACGGACCUAGUGGAUCAGAAUAAUAAGCGAGCAAAUGAAACAGUGAGAAUAUUGGAGAACCAAACGAAGCAAGUUUCCUUAAUAUGUGAGCAAAAUAAUAAGCUGAAAAUGGAAAUCCAGGCCCUUAAGUUGAAUCUGGCAGCAAAGAAGGAGAAAUGUGGAAACUUUACACAGAGAUUUUCGCUUAAGAAAUGCCUCCCUGAAAAGAAAAUGAAGUUUGUGUACCUAGAGGAUGUCAAGGAUGAAGAUGAGUAUAUGAACAUGUCCUGCCAUUUUCAUGUAGCUACAAAAAUCCCAAUCACGGUGAACCAGGGAGAAGCUCUCAUCCAGUUUGAAGAAGAAUCUGUUGCUCAGCAGCUGAUUAGAAAACAUAGCCAUAUCAUCAACCUGGAAAAUAAGAAGGUUGUUUUGAAAGCCUGUCCUGUUGCUUUGGAGAUGGGAACAACAUUUGAGCUCCAUGUUAAGAUCUCUCAAAGGAAGAUUAAUGUUUCUAACAUCCCCAAUGUAAAGAUCCCUGAGGAAUGGAUGAGAGACAAAUUGGAGCUGCUUUUUUGCAAAGCUAAACUGGGUGAAAUUCAGAAUAUAUCUUACAAUCAACACUUCCAAAUGGCCCUCAUUACCUUUGCCCAGCCUAUAGCUCUUAAUAAUAUGAUAAAGUAUGGGCAAUACUGUAUUGAUUUAUUUGGAAAGAGGCAUCUUCUCACUGUUUUACCUGUCAGUGAAAGCUAUCUGGAAAACGUUCAGAUGUUUUCAGGGACUUCCAGGAAAACUGUACUAUUAAGAGGAAUCAACGCAGAACAGAAAGAUGAGGAGAAUGUGGAAGACAUGAUUGAAAUUCACUUCCAGAAACCUAGCAACGGUGGGGGUGAGGUGGAUCAAGUGACAUACAUUCCCAAAGGAAUGAAAGUAGCCUAUUUUGAGAUUGAUAAAGGGGAUUUUAUAUGAGACUCUUGAAGAUGUACACAGGCUCAGCUUCCAAUUAUGCUAAGAGUUUAAUCGAAUAAUAAACCUGUAAUGAUUUAGGACUGAAGUUGGUCAUAACAUAGCGCCAGGACCACCCUCUAAAUCCUAUUGAAAGCUAUAUUCUAUUAAAAGUCCGCUUUUUACUCGG